AUGACAGAAACCAUCUUUAGAAAAGCAUCAGACAGUCGGUGCAGGUAUCAUGUUAUUUUAAACACUGAUCGUCCCUCUUCAUCCUCCUGCAGAUGUCAGCUUAAAAGUAACGACCUGGAGAAACAGUGCGACAGUCUCCUCGGUCAGUACGACAAGCUGGAGAGGGACAAGAAAGACAUCAUCGAGAGCAUGAAGCACUCGGAGGCGGCCAAGCAGAAGGCGUUGGAGGAGGCGCUGGAGCGGCUGGAGAGCGAGCAGAGGGUCGCCGAGCAGGACAGACAGGCGCUGAAGAUGGAGCACGGCCGGCUGAUGCAGCAGCUUCAGGAUCAGAUCGACGAGCUGAUCGCACGGAGGAGGAUGCAGGAUUUAACCUUUCAGGUGGAGAAGGAGCAGCUGAUGUCAGACAUAGAGUUUCUGAAGGAGCAACAUGAAGCUGCCAUGAAACACCUGAAGGCGGACGCAGCGUCUGAGAGAGCGAACAUUAUGGUGGAGAUGCAGAAAAACGCAGAGAUUUUCCUCCAGGAGACGAUUUUGGAGGUUCUGCAGAAGGAGCGAGAUCAGCACGGCAGGAAGAUGGAGCAGCUGGAGUUCCUGCUGUCGGAGAACACGGCGCUGUGGACCGAGAAAGAGGCCCUGCAGAGCCGAGACAAGGAGCUCUACCUCGAGAUGGACCACGUGAAGACGCACCUGGACCUGGUGGCGCAGGAGAGCCUCAGGUGCAAGAAGGAGUUGGAGCAGCUGAAGGUAAAGUGUCGGCAGCUGAAGGCGGAGCAGAGCGACUGCAGGGUCGUCCAGGAGCUCCAGCAGAGCAUCAACAUGAAGACGCUCAGACAGCGGCUGAGCUCCGUGUCCAAACAGAGCCGUCAGAACGGAGCCAGGGCGGGGUCAGCUGGGGGCGGAGCUUCAGCAGGAGAGGAGCAGGAGGAAGCAGCUGGAGGCCGUCACGCAGGGAGCCGCCAUUAUUCUCAGACGAGUCCUCACGGCUGAGAAGACCGUGACUGAGUGGGAGAUGCAGAGGCUGCUGGAGAUCUUGGAGAGCUUCGUUCCUCGGGGAUCAGGCUCCGCCCUCGAUGACUC